AUGACUACUAUGAAUGCUUAUACUCUUGAUCCAUCUAAACCAGAAUCUAAAACUGAACAUGUGCCAAUAUCUCCAAGUGCACCAGUACUACAACCUACACCAACACCUGUAACUGCAUCUGCACCUAUAUAUGUGCCUCCUACUUAUCAAUAUUAUCCAUAUCAAUAUUCUCCGACACGAACAGUACAACCAGAUAUACGCAAGAUUCAGGAUUGGUUACCAUGGUCUAUCAUUAGUUUAUUUAUUGGAGGUAUAAUAGUUGGUUUUAUUCCUCUGAUAUUCUCUCUUCUUUGUCAAAGUAAAAAAAGAAAAAAUGAUAUCAAUGGUGCUCGAAAAAUGAGUAAUUUGGCGUUAGUGUUUAAUAUCAUAAUUACCAUAUUGAGUAUGCUUGCAUUCACUGCUGUUAUAAUUUAUUUACUUAUUUCUAAAAAAGUUAUUCGAUACAAUUAUUACUAUUAA